UAUUAUCUUUAAUGAUAAGUAAGCAUGCUAAGUUGGGUGAUCUUACUGGUAUUAAAAUUACUGAUGAAUGCCCUAUGCUUACACACCUCCUAUUUGCUGAUGAUACAAUCCUUUUCUUGCAUGCUGAUCGAAAGAAUUGUAGUGUAAUCAAAGAGCUCCUUCAAUCCUGUUGUUAUGCUUCUGGCCAAAGAAUGAAUUACAACAAGUCAUCCUUUUUUUCCUCAACUAAUUCCCCCUCAAUGACCAAAUAAGAGGUGUACUCUUUCUUACAUGUGAAUGCAGUUGAAACCCAGGACCUUAUCUUGGUCUCCCGAUUUUAUGGGGAAGAUCAAGUGGCUGCUCUUGCUUAUAUCCGAGACGGAAUGGGACAGUUCCUUACCUUUGCUGGGCAUGAAAUUAUGAUUAAGUCUGUUAUUAAUGCCAUCCUUAUUUUUCCUAUGACUUGCUUUAAGUUCCUUAAACGAACCUGUAUGGAAUUGAACAAUUUAGUAGCAAACUUUUAUUGGGGCCAGUCUAGUGUUCAUAAUAGUAUUCAUUGAAAAUCUUAGGAUAGACUAUGUGCUCCAAAAGGUGAAGGUGGUCUGGGUUUUAGGGAUUUUUUAAACUUUAAUGAUGCCUUACUCGCUCAAACAACUUGGCGUUUGCUAAGUAAUCCCAAUCAUUUAUGGGCUUAAGUCUUGAAAUCGGUUUAUUUUUCGAAUAGCUCCUUUUUAGAGGCUAGUCGUGGUCCUAAAGCCUCUUGGACCUGGAGAAGUAUUCUCACAGGCCGUGACUUCCUCUUAAAGGACUUAUGCAUUCGGCUUGGUAAUGGCAGAGAUAUCUGUGUAUGGACUGAUCCAUGGGUUCUAGGUUUACCUGAAUGCAAGGUUAUUAAGAAGGAUAAUGUUGUUGUAGACAAGACCCUCAAAGUGGCAGACCUGAUUUCUAAUGGUGCAUGGAGUCUGAAUCAUGUUAACCAUCUGAUGACUGAUAAAACCUUAGAAUGCAUUAAAAAAUUGCAUAUACCAUGCACUCCUAUAUCGGACACUAUAGUCUGGACUGGUUUUAAAAUUGGAAAAUAUCUUCCUAAGCUUGGUUACUGAUUGGAGUACUCAAGAGCCCACACUCCUCCCAUCACCAAUCCAUCCACCUCUACUACUUUCCCUAGCACCCUUUGGAAAUCUAUUUGGCAUCUUCAUAGUCAUCCUAAAAUAAAACAUUUCAUGUGGCGUGGCCUUACUCAUUCUUUAGCCACUAGAGAUGCUCUUUACUCUAGAAAAUGUGCCUCUGACCCCCCGUGUCCUAUCUACAAGGCUAUACUUGAAACUAUAGAACAUAUACUGUAUGGGCCAAAAAAGAUUGGUAUGGUUCUACUCUGACUAUCAUUAUUAACCCCCAUGCAAUUUCAUCCUUUAAGAUCUAGUGUUCAAAAUUUUUACUAGAAGAGCAUCUUAUGAAGGAUUAUGAUAAAGCUUAUAUAGCUUGUCUCUGCUGGAAUAUUUGGAAAACCAGGUCUGCCUCAGUUUUCAAUGCUAGUGCAAUUGAUCCUUAUAAGGUUCUACAGGCUACUCAUGUUGCAGUGCAAGAAUUUUGGUCCCUCAAGCCAAAAGAUCCCGUAUUGCGUCCUACUCCUGCUGUAAUUGAUACUAGAUGGUUGCCCCUUGCACAAGAUAUCAUAAAAAUUAAUUGUGAUGGAGCUUUCUCCUCAGCCUCAGGAUCUCAGCCCUCUCUUUCUUUCUUGUUUGUGAAACGAGAUGGAAAUACUGCUGCCGACUGGAUGGUUGCCUCCUCUCUAAAGGGUGUGAUCUCAAGCGGUUGGCUUCUCCAUGCCCCACUCCCUCUGAUCAAUAUCAUGCAACGAGAUUCUUUGGCACAUGGUGAGGAAGUUCAGCAAUUUGUGCACAAUCAGGACAAAGAAGGCAUUGGCUGAUUGACUUUCUUUAUUUGUCUUGUUUAGGUCUUUGCCAUGCCUUUGGCUUAUGACUUUAUAUGCUUUCUUGUUUUG